AUUGCAAAGCAUUGAUUUCCAGGCUAUACCAAUCGAGCGGACAAACAGCUGCAGCACAGACUUAUGAGCCGAAUGCCGAUUAACGCACCGAGCAAAAAUGGCGGAUGACAAGGAUCCUCUGAAACAGUUAAGAGAUCUAACACAGCUCAAAAAUCAGCUGGAUGAGAUCCAGAGGCGAGUAGAUCACGAAGUAUCUGCAGGAAUUCCCCAGGGUGGUUCAGUGUUGGGAUCGCCAUUUUUGAAAGGCUUUUUGGCCGGUUAUGUGGUGGCCAGACUACGUUCAUCUGCCUUCCUGGGAGUACUGCUGGGAACAGUCACUGGCAUGUAUGCAGCGCAGAAUUAUCAAGUGCCCAACAUUGAAAGGACCUUUAAGGAGUACAUGAACAACUUGAAGAAAGGACCAAAGUAAUCUGGGAUGACUGUUUGUCUUUCCAGUGACUUUACAGAAGUACUACUCUUGGAGUUCCCGGCUCGUGAUAGAUCAGGACUUUUGCGUAGACUGAAUUAUGGAUGUAAACAUUUAACUCAAAUUUUACUGGGGACUGAAUUCUUGCUUCUUCUUUUUUUUCUUGCAUUUUUGUUGUGAGGGAAGUUACAUGCUACUGUUCCACUUGCAUCUGUCCAAUGUUAACCCUGACCUUGAGCCUUUAUAUUUCAUGACCUGUCUUAGUUUUGGUCCAGCUGUUUACACCUGUCAGAUUUUGAAGUAGUCAUAUAAAAACAAUUGAAAAUAUUUCCUACAUCUUUAUUGUUCAGCUAAAACAUGCUACAUAGAGAAAUAUCUAUCUAUUGUGCAAUUACCAUUUAAAUGGCUGUAAUUUGCUGCUUGUCAUUUCAAAGUAACCUUAAGUGGGGGGGGUUGAUGCACUUUAUCAAAGCUUGAGGUUCAGAUUGUUGGAAAAUAAGUAUUUAUUGU